GAUCAUAAAGGAAACCCCAAGCCUGAACAUGAAUGGCCAUCAGAAAUCGUUUGGAAAGGGCUGUUCCCCUGUCUCUUUUCUCACUCAUCAAAUGAAUCACAGCCGCAAAGGCAACAGGUUGGUCAUCAACUUUGGAAAAAGAAAAUCGAGUUUACUAUUUCCUGAGUUUGGUUAUUUCUUGAAAAAAAAAAAAAAACUGAAAAAAACACCAUUCCGUUUAAAAAAGUAUGGUGUUUCUUCAGCUUUUCAGCAGUUCACUUAUUAUAAACUGAAACUAAGGGAACAUGAAAUGUGUUUUGAAUCAGUAGUUUCAGGCUGUUUUUUUUUUCUAGUCGCGAUUUCAUAAAAACUGAGUCAAAUCAAAACAGUGCAGUUGAAUAUAAGUCUUACUAACAGUAACAAGUUAUUUCUGUGGUCUUAGACUCUUAUCUCACUUCUUUUAAGAAGUGAACUAAGUCAUACCGAAACCGACGGUUCUCUUACAACGAUGGCUUUUAAUUGUGGAAGUUACUGUCCGAACAAUAUUGCAACGGACUGCAAUCCGUUUUGGAAAUACCUCUGGUUUUGGAAACAACCUGAAGUUUUCUUCAUACGUUUUUUACCGUUCGGGAAGUCGAUUUAAUCGUGCACUUUGAAAAAACUUGCUGAUUUUCGUACGUGAAGUUUAUACAAGCCGGGAGAAAAUGUGGAUCUUUGAGAUGUUUAUUGACUUGCAAAUUUCACCGCUAUCGCUGUAGUAGAGCAUUUUUACGCAUUUUAAGCAAACAUGGAGCUUGAGGCUUGGAACAAAACAGUCAACAGUAGACUGAGGUUCUGUCUUUGUAUAGUCUUGUUUUCAUUACUAACAGAAGAGCUUCUUUUUGCUCAACCAUCUUAUUGGCUCAUCAACUCUUAGCCUGUUUGAGGGGUUCAGAUAGUGGAAAGUGCCACUCUCCACUAUCUGAAAGCCUGGAACAGGCUCUGAUCAACUCUUGUUUUCUUUUACCACUCGCACAGAUUCCUGCAGAGACUCCCCUCAGUAUUCACGACUCACCAUUCGCCGCUGACGAUCAAGACACCGUGGGAAGAACAUUUUCAGCGCUUCCUGAUCCCGCCGGUAAGGUUUUUCCAAAUACAGAGAAGUUCUCGUAAAAUAUUCACUGCUCAUUACCCAUGCAGAAAUGCCGCUUUGAAUUUGACACCAGUUACGGGAACGACGAACGGAUUCAUUUUUCGAAUAAUCAAUUCAUUAAUAGAAUCUUGGGGGGUACGCUUGACUUGGUUUGACUGUAACGCGCCUGGCCUUGCUGCCAUAUACAGAAACGAAAAGUAUGUUAGAACAGUCAUUGAGGAAGUUUAAAAGGAAAAGAUCUUGUUCCGAUGUACACAUUUUCCGGUGUUACCUAAAGUGAUCGAUGUUUGCACUAAUGAUGAUUUAAACUUACGUAGUAAAACGAGGGGGCAUAACAUUAAGAAAGGAUAAAUGUUCUAGAAGUCUAUUAGUCUGAAAUCGAUGGUUUCCUUUAUACAUUAUGGGACGUGGUAUCCUUAUUUCUUCUUUAAGCUGAUCCAAUGUUAGCAGGGCCAUCCAUUCCUACUCGUGGGAUGCUAAUUUCUACCUUUCUUUCCUUAACAGCUGAUCCAAUGUUAGCAGAAGCGACUAUUCCUACAGCGCAUGGAUCCAGCCACGGUCUGGUACCUCAAGUUCAGUAUUCAGAGCAU